AUGGAUUAUACCAUGGCUUGGAGAGCCCAGCCAGAAUUUGAUUUGGAAGUUAUCAUCUUUUUGGACAAUGGCCGCCGUUUCUCAGUUCCUUGUUCAUGUAGGGCGGACGAUAAAGGCCUUUUUACACAUCUGCGUAUGUUUUACGACCUGCAAUGCACAAGACGCGGACUCUUCGGGUUGAUCAGCGUCAAGUCAGUCCAAAGGAUCGAUGUGGUAAAGCUUCAUAACAGCAACACAGCAGGCAAGCGACUCAAAGAUACACUGGAUCUAGGUCAAUAUGGACCCUAUGGCCGCCAGUCCCAUUACUUCGAACAUCCAUCAGAAUUGGAUGGCGAUACCAUAACAAACAGACUCGUCACCGAGGAAGUAUUAGCAUCACCCGACAAACAGCGGCACGCACUUAAUAUCAUACGCAGCUGGGAUCCGCAAGUCACUAGUAUAGUGAUUCUCUUCCCCAUCGUGCUGAGUUUGAUUAUAUCGAUCGUCUGGUCUGUCGUGGCCUCGAAAAUGUUCAAUGCGGAUGUUCAAAGUAGUAUACAGACUGGCUUCACAAUCGGCAGCUAUGUCGUGACCGCGGGUAUUCCUCCGAGACACUUUUAG